GGUCGCUGCCGCAGCCUGCCCGCCUUCUGAAAGGCCCAGCGUGGGCCUCCACUCGCCUUGUUUUGCGGCCACGAUACAGUGUUGGCUUGGAAGCCACAACAAUGCCAUGAUGUUUUGGAGACAGGAAGCCCCAAGCUGGCCCCGAAUGAAGGACUUCCUGUGUUUAAAGUUGCAGGAAUAUCCGCUGACCAGCCCUGUUCAAAUGCAAACACCCCAACUAGAGAGGACGAAUGGCUAAUUCAGACCAGCUGGACUCUUCGGGGCUCAACACAGGAUAAAAAUGAAAGGAAUUCUUAGGAGCUUGGACCAUACUUGAAAGCUAGAGAGGGUGUGCCAUUGUUAUUAAAGGACAUAGUUGGUAUAAAUUUUCUGCUUCCAACUCAGCUUCGGUGAGAAUAGAGUGAAACUAGAUAUUGAAUAAGAUUUGUCAAUAUCAAAUGAUUUUUUGCAGACUGAAUUUGAAGGGACAGUACUCUUUAGAAAAGUAAAACCAGAAGCCAUACAAGUAAUUGUUUUAUGCUUGUUGAUUAAAUAAUAUCAUUUGUCUGUCUGCAAUUAUGAGGCUGCUAGCCUGUGAGGAAAAACCUGUUUGUCUUAGAGUUUUUCCCAGAAUGGUUUCAAAUUGGAACUUCCAGAUCUUUCUGGAAGGCAGAUGCAAUUGGUGGUUUGGAGUAUAAACAUGUAAGAGAACUUACAAUUCAUAUAGAAUGUAUUUUGAGAGAACCUGUGAAAAAAAACUUUUUGAAAGCUUGAUGGUUCAUCUUUAUUGAAAAAGUAUGGGUAAGCCACUUAGCAGGCCAGACUGUUUAAGGAGGAACCCCACCUGCCUGGGUAAAGGGGAAGAUGAGGACGGCUAUAUAGAAGAUUGCUAUGUUCCACAGAGGUCCAUAUACGAUACGAUGCGGAUAAAUGAACAGAUUGACCAGGGGUCAAAACUUAAUCAGACGUCAAAAAGCACCAUGGAGAAGAUGGACGGAAGUACCCUAUCCAGCAAUGGUACAUUAGGAGCAUCAUCUAAUGUUUUUGAAUCUAGAGUACCAGAAGGCAAGAAGCUGGAUGAGAGGAUAAUAUUUGAUGCAUUAAAGCUAAGCAGUGAUGUGCAGAAGUCAGCACCUGUGCCACCCAGACGUCGGCCAAAUGCAGAGCGCAAAGAUAAUGUUAACAGGAGAUCCUGGAAGUCCUUCAUGCCACCCAACUUCCCAGAAUUUGCAGAAAGGAUGGAGGCUUCUCUGAGUGAAGUCUCAGAAGCUGGUGCUUCAAAUCCUUCCUUGCAUGAGAAAAAAGAAUCCAGUUCUGCAUUGACAGAAAGUUCUGGUCAGUUUGACCACAGGGAACCUCAGUCUGAGUCCGUUACUUUGGAACACAUGUCCAAAUCUGUAGAUAUUCCAGAAGUACAAAAUGUAAAAAAUUUGAGAGACUGCCAGGACUUCAGAUUCCAACAGCACAGUGAGAGCUCUCCCCAUGAAUUCCAGCCUCUAGACUCAGAAGCUGCUGCAGCAAGUGGUAACACAGAUGAAAUGCAGGACCACAGAUUCUCAAGUGCAACCUGGCCCAGGGCCAUGAAAAGUUCUUCCAAGGGAGGCUUGGGUGAGAAGCAGCACCCCCUUGGGGACACUGCCUGCACUGUGGAACUACCACCUCUCUCUCCUUGCCUGAGUGAAGAGCUGUUGGAUCCAGAAUUACAUAUUCUUAUAACACCCAGCCUGAGAGAAAAAACAGAGUCUGAGUUAAAAUUUGAGGAGGAUGAGCGAUGGAUCAUGAUGGAGGCAGAGGAGGAGUGGGAGGAAGAGAAAUUGUCAGAGAAGAGAAAGAGUCUUGUAGUUACAAACGAGGAGACAAGCAUGGCAGAUCCUUUUGAAGAAAGUGACCAAGCAAACACAGUAGCAGCAGUAGAGGAUGGAUCUGAUUGUGUAGCUGUUCUUGCUCUUCAUCAGAUGUGCUGCUCUGUUGACCUGCAGCCAACUGGGGAUCAACCUGCCUCAGUUCCCGAGGGUACGCCCCCUGACUGCACCUGUGUGCCUACAGGUGAGGAUGUUAGCAGUGAGAUGAAAAACAGACCUGCUCAGGGGCUAGAGGGUCUGAUCUCAGGGCUCCAGUGCCCUGUUGAAGCAGAUCAGCUCUCUGACACAGAUUCUGUGCAAAUGUUUCUUGAACUUGAGAAGGAAUGUUUAUGUGAAGAAGGAGUAACUUCUUCAGCUGAGCUGCUGAGUCAGGCCUCUUUUGAAGGGCUGGCCCCAACCCAGGAUGCAGAAGAUUCACUUUUAAUUUGUCAUUCUCCAGGAGCUGCCUUAGAACAGGAGCAGCAUGUGGGUUUUCUAAGUGUGAGGGUAAAGGAUCCUGACACUGGAUUAGAUGGUGAACAUUGCAAUGCCCUGGAAUCUUCUCAGGUGUCUCAAGCUGUUGAACUUAGUGCUCACCCUGAUAGUAGGAGGGAUACCUCCACUGUUAGCAAGGAGUGUGAAAAAGUGCCUUUUAGCCCUAAGACUGGUGGAAAAUUUAAGCCUCUGGCUGAUCUGGAGCCACUUGGAGAACUGGACACAGGAGGAUUGCUGAACUCUAAUCUCAGUGGCUCUUGUGAAGAAAGCCUGCCGGUCUUUAUUGCCUCUGAGCCAGCCAAGGAAAAUGGCAAUCUGUCCCAGGUAGACUGCAGUCAGACUGAGGGCAAUGUGGAGGAGUACAUGGAAAGGAUCCCUCUCAGUUUUGCUUUUAACUAUGAACAAGAUGUUACCUCAGGACCUGAAGUAGAGGUGUUAUCAUCUGAUUCAAAUUUAUUAACUGAUGAGAUUCAGUUAGAAAGUGAAAAGGGAGCUAUAAUUAGUCAAGAAGAUAACAAUCUGGCAUCUUUGGAAAAUAUAGACCCUUAUGAAUUGUCCACGGAGAAAGUUUGUGAUAAGGAUGGUGAGACAAAAGAGCCGGAUUGUCAAGGGAAGCUUUUAGGGAAUGGAGCUCCAGCACAUUUUCUUACAGACUUCCAGAGGAGGUCUUCUGAGUCAGAGGUUCUGAAUCUGCAGCUGCUGGCUGGAGAACUGAGACUCAAUAAAGCUGGAGCAGAAACCGUGAGUGAUAAAGAAACUCAGCUGAGUGUGACUUUAUCACAGGAAGGGGAGGUAGAAAUGAGAGGGUUAGAUUCAACCCUGAACAUUUUUCCAGACGAACAAAUCACCAAAGCCAGUAACACUGUACCAGGUUCAGAAGAGUGGAUAUCCAGCCAACAGAUGCCUGCCCCAGCUGCUGUAGUACCCAUGGCAGAAGAUGCCCUGGAUGCUGUAGUACCCAUGCCAGGAGAGGAUAUCCCAGCUGUAGCAUUACCUGCUUUGGAGGGGCCUGCUGCCAAAGCCUCUGCCUCAGAGGUGACUGCUGUAGCUACUCCAAUAGUGCCCAUCCAAAAGGAGGAUAUCCCAGUAGCUUCAGUGGUUAUCUUAAUGGAGGAUGUUACAGCUGCUGCAAUAUCAGCUUCAGAACAGACUGCAGCCUCAUCUGGUACAGUGCCUCCAGUGGAGACUGUUACAGUGCCCAUCAUAGAUGAGGAUGUUACCUCAGAGGAACCUGACACUCAAGCUGCUGAAGUGUUCCUCCCAGAGGAAUCUGCCAUACCAGCUCCUACAGGGCCCACCUCAGAGGAGCCAGAUACUCCAACAGUUACAGUGUCUACUGCAGAGGAGCCUGACACCCGUGCAGGGUCUACACCAGAGGAGUGUACUGUCCCAGCCCUUGAAGAAACUAUCCCAGAGAAGUCUGAUACUCAAGUGGUUAGUAUGUCCAUCCCAGAAUGGUCUGCUACUCCAGCUACUUCAGUGCCUGCUAAGGAAAUUUUCUCUCCUGGUGGACCCUUCCUGGAAGGAACUACCCACACUGAUUCAGUGUCCAUUGCAGAAGAAACUCCUGUUCUUGAGAAUGCUUCCUCUCCAGGAAUGUGGAUCAAGGAAGGCUUUGAUUCUUCAGCAUUUGGAAUAAAAGAGGUGCCUGGCACAAUGCUACAUGGGAAAGUGCCUCUGGCUGCAACUGAUGGAUUAAAUUCACAUGAGGUAACUGUUGCUCAUUUCACUGGCAGAAAAAGCCUAGAGCGUAGUGAGAAUUGCAAGUUCUCUCACUUGGUGUUAGCAAGUGGUGGCAUAGGUCUGCCCUCCUAUCUUUUGUUAAUACUGUGCCCCUGGGCUUGUUAA